UCACUCGCACGUUUGCCUCCAGUCGAUAAAGGAACUCCGUGGAUUUCAGCGCUCAUGUUUUGUUCCAGAAAAGCUGUACUUUUCUCUUUUCCUGUCCCUUUGUGAAAUAUAAAGCGCGAGCGGUGGAAGGUUUCGUCACUUCUCUGUGCCGUUUUAUUACCGUCGACAUGGAGAAACGCGAAAUAAAGCAUCCAAAGUGGCUGAAGGACUGAAUAGGGUUGCCUCCUGCUCCCACUCCACCACACACCAGCACAUUUGGAAGCAGAGCUGCGAUGGCCAAGUGGCUGAAAGACUACCUGAGCUUUGGCAGCAGGAAGGUGCCUCCACAGCCGCCCACACCAGACUAUACCGAGAGCGAGAUCCUAAAAGCCUACCGUCUCCAGAGGGACCUAGACUUCGAGGAUCCCUAUGAGGAAUCCGAAAACAGGUCUAAAGUCGAGUCUGGGACUUCUGACCCUGCAACACCUGUCUAUGGGUCUCCCAUGAAGUCAUCCAGUGUUGACAUGAAAUCUCCCAAACACAGACUGAUCAAAGUGGACUCCCAGGACCUGGGGCGCACCAAGAUCCUCCUCAGUGCCAUCUCUUUAGAGGACCAGCAAGAGUCUGUGGUGCCGUCUGCUCCGCUGGCAGGCGAGACAGAUUAUUCUGACCCAUUCGAUGCUCGUUUGGACCACAGGUCGGAACCAGAUAUCGGACCUGUUCCCUGCGAAAACAACGGCUACAUGGAACCGUAUGAGGCCCAGAGAGUUAUAACAGAGUUGCAGCGUGGCCCAGGAGGAGGACGGCCGCGGGGCGGGGUGCAGCUCUAUGACACACCCUAUGAAGAUGAGCGAGGCCAGCGAUUGGGUCUGGUGUAUGGAGAACCCCAGGAGGAGGGCAAGGAGAGCAGCAGGCUGCCGCAAGAUGACGAGAGACCAGCUGAUGAGUAUGAUCAACCCUGGGAAUGGAAAAAGGAUCACAUCUCCAAAGCUUUUGCAGAAAUGAGGGAGUUGUCGGAGUUGCCCUGGCCUGCCCCAGUGGGUCAGCUGGAGGAGGAGCCCCCCGUCAGAGAGCAAGUGCAGUUUGAUGGCGCAGAGUGGGACCGCUCCUCGUCUCCCACAGAGCGCUUGCGUCCUCCGGGUCCCAGGUCCAGCCCGCUGGCGGGAGGGGGGUUGAAGUUCCGAAUGCCGCAGGAAGGCCUCGCCAUGGUGGGGGAGAGAGUGGACCCUACUCUGCCUCUGGAAAAGCAGGUAUGGUACCACGGUUCACUGUCCCGUUCGGAGGCGGAGUCGCUCCUAACGCUGUGUAAAGAGUGUAGCUACCUGGUGAGGAACAGUCAGAACAACCGCUCUGACUACUCCCUUUCUCUACGGAGCUGCCAGGGUUUCAUGCACAUGAAGUUCGCCCAAAGUAAAGAUGGCAAGUACGUGCUGGGCCAGAAUAGCCCUCCCUUUGACACCAUCCCAGAAGUCAUCCACUUCUACACCUCACACAAACUCCCGAUCCGAGGAGCCGAGCACCUGUCCCUGCUGUUCCCCGUGCUGGUGCAGACACUCUGACUGACCCUGACGCUCUUCUUAGACCUCUGGGAUUUCAUUGUGAUUGGAGACGAAAGACUUGAAUGUUUGAUGGGAUCUUCCCAGCAGCGUGCCAGUUGUCUUGUUGCCAGUUCUUGUUGGACUGGACUACUUUUGAUGAUUCAACACACCAGGGGCUAAUGCUCUCACCCACCACUGCUGUUGUAACUGUGCCAAAUGUCUCUUAACAUCCGGGGGAUCGAUUCACAUGAAAUGCAAUACCUGAACUUCAGGCCACCUUCACUGAAAUUCCUCUCUCUCAUCUCAGAGGGCUGGGUUCAGGACAUCUGAAAUUCUCCCUUUCCAUUUUUAUUUCACAGCUGACUGAAAUGCAUAGGAAGUUAGCAGAGCUGCCGCUGGGAGAAAGUCUGUAUAUUCAGAAUGUACAGAAGAUCUGCAGACGAUUAAGUUUUAGUUACUACUGUUCAACAAAAAACACCUCAUUGACACUGGUAAAAAUAUUGCUGUUGUUAGGUGAAAACGUCACAAGUCACAUUUAGCUGAUUAUCAUUUUACACCAGAAUCAAUAAAUUAAAUUCAAUAAAUAAAAUCUUUUUCAUCCUCACCCUUUUGUAAAUGUUGGAAAAUUCACGUUUUCCAUAAAAAAAAUUAAAAAAUACAUUGCUAUUUUUGAAGAUAUAAGGUUUUUACCAACAGCAGUUAUAUUUCAGAUGCUUUUUUUACACAAAGCCACACCUGUUCAUUUUCAUUCAGUCUGUUCUGUACUGUCAUGGUACUGUAUGUUGAGGAUUUGCUUGACUCAUCUCCAUGUUACCUGUUGAUUGUUCAUCAAAAGCAACAGAGAAGCUGUGUUGUAUUGGUACUUGUGUUGACCUUGCUGACCUGUAUCUCUUGUUGGUUGCCUACGUUGCAUUUGGUAGACAAUGCUGGGUUGGAAAAAAAAAAAAGAAAACAAGCAACCUGUCA